UUUCCCCUGUCACCUCGCCGCAGAGAACAUCAGAUCUAAAUAGCCUCAUAUCUGUUAACAUCAUUAAUUGACGAAAAUUCACCUUCAGCUUUGAAGAAAUUAUUCUAGUGAGGAUUGUCCCAAAUUCAAAUCCAGUCCCACUGUCUUAAACAUACUGUAAGGCCGUGUUGGUAUCUCGAGAGCGGUCAACCCCACUCCCUCAUAAUCUUGAACUAUCUCUAGGAGAGCAAUGCCGAAGUUUGAGUUCGUAAAUGUAGCAUGCCCCGGCGACGUAAAACAACAUUCCACUGCAAUUCGCCGCCAUGUCAUGAAAGAUAUCGGUAAGGCACGCAGGAAACCGCGGACGAAGAAGGGCAAGGUCAUCAUGGGAGAGGGUAGCUCUUCUGCUACUACAGAUCAGGAUGAAGCGCAACCAAGUAGCCCAUCUCGAGUUGUGAGACUACCAAGUCCAAGAAUGGAUGGUACUUUGCAUACAAUAGUAUUUCCUAUCAAUAUGGACCAGAAACGGCUAAAUCUAAUCCAAUACGUCGUCGAUGAGGCCCGUAAUACAUAUCGGCCGUUUCGGUUUCCAUGGCUAACCAUGGGCUUAUCGGAUAUAGCUGCCUGGCACAUCACCCUUGCGAACGCAGUAGUCUAUCGCGGUAUGAAGCCAGGGGAGAAGAAGAGUGAAUUUACCAAUCUUGAGGCUAUGAAAUGGUACACGUUAUCCUUAGCCUCAAUUACCAAGAGGCUUGCAGAUCCAGCCGAAAGUGAAAGCGAGGGACUUAUUAUUGCUGUUACUGGUUUUGUCUGUCAUGAUGCUUCCAUAGGCAAUUUCGAACGCUUUGCUAUCCAUAUAGAAGGACUUCAGCGCUUGAUUAAUAAAAAAGGGGGACUACAUGCUUUGAGCAGUCCGUUCCUAAGAUUGAUGAUAUCUUGGCUUGAUCUAGCCGGGGCAACGUACUUUAAUUCCAAACCACGUUUUCACAUCCCAAGAGACUCCAUCACGCAGAUCGACACCAGCAAUAAUUCCCAGUAUCUACGUCAAUUGUUGCAAUCCUGGGACGCGGAUUGUCCCACGUUAGGUGAUAUCAUGAGUGCCAUGAAUGCAACUGCGGCCGCUGCCGCCUAUAUUAAUCAAAAUCAAGACACUCCCAACUUUUGGAUAGACGAUGUGAAGAUAGCGCGAGUUUUAAGCCCAGCUUUUCACGAGAUCCUUACUCUCGAGGGAAUCCCCCUUCCCGAUGAUCCAUUAAAUCCCGAGUAUUCCGGUAUCGCGGCUAGAGAGGCCUUUCGGCGAGCUGCACUCAUAUUCUUGGCCGCCAUCAAGAUCCGAAUGGGUGCCGGGGCUUUGGAGAUGGGGAAACACCUCGAGGCGUUCCGUCAAAUCUCACAGCUACCCUUAGUAAACUGGGGCCUUGUGGCCGAGCUGAACCUGUGGGCUCAUAUAAUAAGCGCUAUGCAGGAAGAGAGCCCAAGCCGGGCUUGGCAUGUGCUGACCAUUGUUGGUAUCAUGGAAAACAUAGGCUUGCAGACCGGAAACCAGGCCAUGGAUCUCGCCCGUGGCGUUAUAUGGGUAGAUGCUAUAGACGGGGGAAAGUCGGAUUCACUCUGCCGCGAGAUUGAUAAUUACUUGGAGGCAACGUUAUCUCAACGACUAGAAAAUAUACCCGUGGAUCCCAAUUUCGACAUGACGUCCGGAAAUAUCGAGAGCUGAUGUAGACAAAACACAAUUACCGAUCUAAUUGAACGCCAAAUUGUAACUAAUGGGAGCAGAAUGAGGUAUGACUA